AUGGCAUCACCCGCUAAACAAGCCUCGUCAAGAUGGGGCUCGUUCCUAUCGCAGGCUGUCGCUGGAGUCGAGGCCAAACUAGACACCAUUCUCGCCGACGACUAUGAUGAUGCUGCCCAGCAGAGCAAGGAGUCCAAACCAGCGGCAACUCCUCCGCCAGCAGCAUCCCCGGCGAAGGCCAGCCCAACGCCUUCAAGGACAGCCUCAACACGUACCAAUGAUCGCCUCCAAGAGCGGUUGGCCAGGGCCAUGGCCGCUAAGGCUGCCGGCAAGAACAUCGAUCGAACGUCAUCCUCUACACAAGCGAGCCCACGCCAGAGUUUGGAUGCGCCAAGCCGAGCCUCGACCGACAGCGUGGAUAGGCCGAAUAUCACAGCCAAGGACAGCCCAAAGGCCGUCGCAUCGCCGCGCGCAUCCUUAGACACACCCAGGAAAUCGCAAGAUACAACACAAGAGCCACCAGUGGAAUCAGGGGGCUCGGUGGACAGAACCAAAGAGGUGGAAUCACAGCCAGUUUCUAAAACAACCGACAGUGCGAGGGCCUCGACGGAUCAGCCACAUCUAGAAAACAUCACUGAUGUUGAAACACCGAAGACCGAAGCCAAGUUGGAGGCGCCUGCCGAGAUAGUCGCCGAGACCGAACCCAAACAGAGCGUCGAGGUCACUGAGAAGGAACAACCCAAUGGUCAGGAAACGAAAUCGGACGAUGCGCGACCGCAAAACCAAGACGAGAUCCACGCCUAUAUAGAGCGAAUCGAUGCUUUGGAGGCUAAGCUACAGUAUCUUGCAAGGGAGGCAUCUGCAGCGGCGCGCAAGGAGGCUUUGUCUGCGCCCGCCGGAAGUGCCGAAAAGAAGCUCGCGGAGAAAGAUCAACAAAUAGCCCAGCUGAUGGAAGAAGGGAAGAACCUCGCCAGUAACGAACAGAAACUGCGGACAAUCUUGAAGAACUUGCGAAAGAAACAAGCCGACGAUGAAAAGGAGAUUGGCAACCUCAGGGCGGCCAAAGAAAAGGCCGACAGGGAAAUAGAGAACUUGCGCAAGCGUGCUCGACACUCAGACGAACUCGAAAAGAGCCAAAAUGAGCUCCAGAGACGGUUGGACCAGUCACAACGGGAGCUCAACAACUUGCGAACGGAAGUCAAGUCCAAGGAUGCUAUCAUUGCUGAACUACGAUCACAGCUUCAAAAGGCUACUGAACAGGCGGAUGCCAUGUCGGCCAAGGUCAACGACAAGGCCAGGGAACAGGAUCAGCGGCGGAUAGCAGAAUUGGAGGAAUCCGUGGAAGCUCUCAAGAUCGAGAAGAACUUGGCGACCGACCGUGCCAAGGCGCAAGCCGAUGAACUCCGAAAAGAAGCCGAAAGAGCCAGCGAAAAGGCGAAGGCUCUCGAGUUGGAGCUGAAGGCCGAAGUCCAGGUGAUGGAAAGUAAGCUGGAAGCCAUGCGGACCCGUGCUGAAGAGGCGUCCUCGGGCGUAACGGGAGACUCCCAAGCCAAGUUGCUUAGACAGGUGGAAACCCUGCAAAGUCAAUACUCGAUUGCAAGCGAGAAUUGGCAAGGGAUCGAAACCACCCUUCGUUCUAGAAUUGUUAACCUUGAGAAGGAGCGAGAUGAAGCAUUGCAACGGGAGUCGGAUAUGCGCAGAAAGGCUCGUGAAGCUGCCCUCCGCGCGAGACGCAAUGAGGAAGAGCUGGAGGAAGCCAAGACCAAGGUGACCAGCCAGAAAGAUGUCGAAUCCUACCGGUCACAACUCGACUCUCUCAAGAAGCGCGUAGAGGAAACUGAAGUAGCCCUGAAACAGGCGCGAGCCGAUUUCGAGAAGCAGAAGCAGGCAUGGGAAGCUGAAAAGGAAGUGAUCAAAGAGGAAAGGGAAAGGGAAAGGGAUCUCCAAACACAAGGAAACCGCCCACGAUCCUGGUUGGAGGGUCUCCCUGGCGGCCCAUUCCUGAAGAACGAGGGCAGCAGGCCUGGAUCACCUCAACUGUCAACAGCGCAAAGGACCUACAGCACUGACUACCUAGGCAUCCAAGGCCUCUCAAACAAGGUCCGCAAGGCGUCAGCCCCAUCAAGCAACGGCGAUGCCGCGGUGGGAGCUAUUGCCAGCCGCCGUCCCUCCGGCCAGCCCGGUCUCAUCCGCACAUCAGUCGCCUCAGGCAGCACCCAACCAGGAAGCAACUCCCUCUUCAGUCCCACCACGGAGUCCAUGCCUCCAGUCACUCCCCUAUCUGCGAUCCACCCGCCAUCAGACGCAGGUGCCGCACCAGAAAUUCAGCACCCGCCGCGCGAGCUCCACCGCUCCGACACGGGCUUCGACAGCAUCGACUCCUCCUCCUCUCCACACAACGUCAUGCAAGACAUGGUCUCCGUGUCCACCAUUGCCGCGGGCCCCUCGGUCCAGCUCGUCGAGCGCAUGAGCGCCAAGAUCCGCCAGCUUGAGAGCGAGAAGGUGACGGUGCGCGAGGAGUUGGCGCGCAUCUCCAAGCAGCGGGAUGAGGCACGGGCGGAGAUCGUGGCGCUGAUGGGCGAGGUGGAGAACCAGAAGAAGGCCUGUGAGCGGGUUGCUGAGCUGGAAAGACAAGUAGCGGAGGUGAAUGAAAGAUAUGAGACCACGUUGGAGUUGUUGGGCGAGAAGAGCGAGGAGGUGGAUGAGUUGAAGGCGGAUGUGGCAGACUUGAAGGACAUGUAUAGGGAUUUGGUGGAGAGGACUAUGAAAUAA